AUGGGUUUUGGACGUUUGCUAACUUUCAGCGUUGAUGGUUUGCCGGCUAAGUUAGGUUAUUUUGUUGUGGACAAUUUUAAUCCCGAUAAGAUGGUGAUAUGUACGCCUGCCGGUGAUAUCAAGGUGAACAGGAAAGUGAUACAUAAGUUAUUAGGGAUUCCGACUGGUGGACAAAAGUUUAGUUCGAUUGGUAAGCUGCCGAUGCUGACUGAUGCCAUUGCGGAUUGGAGGGCGAGAUACCCAGGGGCAAUGGUGCCUCCAACAAAGAUGGUGAAAAUGAUAGAUGAGUCCGAUGGCGAAGACAGUUUUGAUUUCAGGAUGGAUUUUGUAAUGUGUUUUGUGGCAGUGCUGGUUGAUUGUCAUAAACAAAGUUGUUUAUGGGAAGAAAUCUUAGAGUAUCUGGAUGAAGAAAUGGACUUUGCAACAAUAGACUGGUGUGACCUUGUUGUAGAAAAGCUGAGAACUUGCAAGGAUACCUGGAAUCGGCUUGACCCACAAAGUUUCUUCGUCGGUCCUCUAACGAUUCUGAUGUUGUUGUACGUUGAUAGCAUUGAGUGCACGGGGAUGGAGGUAGACAGUGCGGUGUGUCCUUUAGCUUUUUGGAACUUGAAAAGAUUGAGAGAGAGAGAAAGGCUUGAAAUCCUUGCUGGUAGGUUUGGAACAGGACGGUUUAAAGGAUUAACACGUCCCAGAAACUAUAACGUGGAACAGUGGGCAAGAGAGGUUGACGAUAGUACGACAGUUAAUAUACGUGACAAAGAAGAACAAAGUCAAAAUUGA